UAAAAAGCUAUUAUUUUAACAGUUUAAUAUCAAUAAAGUCAUAAAAAAUGAGUGACAAACUGGAGUGGAAAUACAAUGGUGAACAUAGUCUCAAAGGCUAUACCGUGAUAAUUCCUAGUGUGGCUGUUGGAAAUGUUGGUCAGCUAGCUUGUGACCUGUUGAUUUCCUCCUUGAGGAUGAAGAAGAUUGCAUCCCUUUAUACUCCUGCUUUGAUACCAGUUCUUGGACAGGAUCCAUAUGAUCAAAAAUCAAAUAACCUUUGUGGUUCCUGCGAUAUGUACAAGUCUGAGAAAGAAUUGAUCAUUGUGGUACAAAUAAGAGCACCACUAAUGUGCAAAUAUGCAAGAAAAUUUCUGGAAAGCCUUGCGAAUCAUUUUCAAAAGAUACAAAUAAGGGACAUUGUCAUCCUGACUAGCAGUUUUGCCCAUGAAAAGAAGAACAUUAUGAGUUCACCUUUUAGGUUCCUCGGAACUAGUGUUUAUGAGAAGAAUUUAAGAAGCAUAAAUAUUCCAGAACACGAAUCAGUAGAUGAUGAAUUAAGGAUCUAUGGAGGAGGCUUUGCAUGUCUCUUUUAUAAAAUUUGCAAAGAAAAAUCAUUACCCUGUAUAGUUCUGUAUAAGUAUUGUUCCGAAGGAGAUAAUAUUCCUGACGCUUAUGAAAUGGUGUACUUUUUAAAUAGUUUGAAUGCUAUAUUCUCUGAGAAAGAUGUAAACGCGCAGUUGAUACAGCCAGUGUCUUGGAAAUUAUUGUUUGGAAGACCACCACCUAUUGAUAUUUAUUAAAAUAUGUUUAAAAAAUUA